AUGCUCCGCGACGAGCUUCUUCGAUCUAAAAAUGAUGAGAUCGCAACUUGUUUGUCGCGCAGAAAGCGCAAGCUCAGCGCAUUGUAUCUAGCCACGGUCGGGUUUGCCGCGACCGAGGACCCUCAGUACCCCCAACACGAACAAGCCUUCCUCGACGCCAACGAUCUGUCCAAAGGUCAUUAUUUCAAUGAAGCUACGCUUCCACCACCGAUCCACGCACGCGCGCGGUUACCAGAUAGCAACGACCCGGCAAUUUCGAAGGCAGAUUUCGCUUCACCGACCGAAGGCCUGCAUACAAAUGAGCUUCAACAGCGCAUAACACCUACUCUCACGCAAUCGGGCGAAAUAACACCCAAUCUCCCCACCCCUGCCGACGCGACCGGACUACUUGAAUCUUCGGUGCUGACCAGCCCCAAGACUCAGAAUGUGGCAGAGGCAUCAGCUGUCGCAGAAUCUCCUUCUCACACCGAUCAGAGUGCCGGCGCAUCCGUGCCAGCACCUCCAUUGGAGACCAAUGACCGCGAUGGAACCGAGACAGUUCGCUCUCGCGCAUCGAAGGCAGUCACUGGUGCAACCUCAUUGGACAUUCCCUCCGAUUCCCUCCCUCGAAAGAAACAAGAUACCCGUCCCUCUCUCACAUUAGGAUCUUCUCACGAGCACCCACCAUCUCCCGCCUCAUCAAUCGACCCAUACAAUAAUAACACACCCGUACCAGUCGCUGCAUCCCCCGACACCAGCCCCGCCGAGGAAGUGACCGAGGAGACCGGGACAAUCGACCGUUUGACACUCAAGAAUGCCCGACCUACUAAUGGGCGAUCGACUGUGGUUCCCUCGACCCCGGAUGAGCAGCUGCGUCUCGAAGACGCUCAGUCAACACACAACAAAACUACUAAUGGUGUGAGUGACAUGCUGUCCAAGGAAGCCGAAAAGGGCGUGGACCGGGAGGAUACCACAGACCGAAUGGACAUCGACGAGGAGCCUGUCCCAGACAAUUCCGAGGACGCAGCGCAACCUGGAGUCAAAUCGGCAGUUGGAGAAUCACUGUCACCGACCGCACCCAUGGAAGCCACCGAGGACUCUACCGUCGAAACUCCGAUCAAGAAAUCGGUCUCGAUUCCACCUACGCAACCUGGAUCAACUCAACCGGAGCGUAUGACCACUCGAGUUUCAUCAGGAGCCCUCCGCCACAAGUCGGUUUCAGAAAUUCUCGGUGAAACCCCCCGGAGCUAUGACAAAACUCACCCUACUACACCGUCUGAACAAGGCACCCCUGACUCAGUUGCCAGGAUGCGCUUCAAGGACCGCAAGGAGCGAGAGAAGGAGAGAAGCCGCCUUUCAACGGUGGUGUUCCCGAAACAGCCAAAUUUGCAGCAAGAUAAACCCGACCCCAUGGACUUAACGAACAGAGACCUGGAUGCGGUUGCGAAGCUUAAUGAGGAGCAGGAUUAUCUUUUCAAAUUGUUCCUGAAUCGAGCCUACGCACCUCCUCGAGGAACAAACCUGAACACAUUGUUAGUCUCCGCGCACAAAACAUUGAGCACUGGCAACCAUCUGCUUGAGUACCAGGAGCAAAUGGAUGUCCGCACCUUGCGGCGCAUCUAUGCUCUCCAGAACGCCAAUCGAUGGCCACUGCGGCAAUUGAAACGCUCUGUUGAGCCUCAACGCCAAGGCACGCAUUGGGAUGUGGUUAUGGAUCACGCAAAAUGGAUGCGAACGGAUUUCAGAGAGGAGCGAAAGUGGAAGAUUGCUGCCGCCAAGAGCUGCGCCGACUGGUGUGCCGAGUACGUGCACAGCGAUGAGGAGCACCGGAGUUUACUUCGUGUUCAAGCCAAGGUGCCAAGUCCGAUUUCGAUCGAGGACGCCCCCAAGGCUGUUCCAAGCUCACCAUUGGAGGACGCUGGCGAUGAGGCAUUCGGUGGUGGCUCUCACCCCACCCCAGAUCUGGUUCCCUCCGCCGAAGAAGAAUCGGUCAGCGAUGGCUUUAAUGAUGAGCCUCGACAUGAGCUUCACGACACCGUUGCGCCGGCCGCUAUAUUCUCCUUAGGAUCUGAUGAGUUCAACUUCUCCGUUGACAUGACUCCUGCUGCCGAAAAGCUGUUGGACGAAUUGCCCAUAUACGGACCACUCCAGAUCGCUCCGGGAACAAACUUACCCGCCUUCAAGCUCCAGCCCGACUCAGCCUGGAAGACUGACCUCUUGCCGGUUUCCAAAUUCGCAUCCGCCAAGAUUUGUUUCCAUGACAAAGAACCGCCACGCAAGCGGAGCCGAUACGACUUCUCUCAGUAUGGCAAUGAAACUGAUCACCGGAUCACCGAGUUGGCACCUGAGCAGACCAAUGUUGCACUCUUCCGACCGGAGAAUAAAACUAUCCGAGAUAGAAUCCACCCAGGACAUUCAUUCCGUCCUCCAACCGAAUACCCCAUGCCCUCUAUCGGCUUCUUCGAAUCGCGUUCAUCCUCACAGUGGACUUAUGCAGAGGAUGACGAGCUGCGCCGCUUGGUCAAGGAUUACUCAUACAACUGGUCUCUCAUAUCUAGCUGUCUGACGCCGUCGUCACUGUUCACCUCAGGUGCCGAAAGACGUACCCCUUGGGAAUGUUUCGAGAGAUGGGUUGGCCUCGAAGGUCUUCCUGCUGACAUGUCCAAGACUCAGUACUUCCGGGCUUAUCACCAGAGACUCGAGACUGCCCAGCGUACUGUGUUGGCACAGCAGCAGGCUGCCCAGCAACAGCAGCAACAACAGCAGCAACAGCAAGGUGCCAGUGCUCAACCUCAGCCACCUGUGCGUCGUAGGACAACCCAGCCUCUUCGGGUUGACCGACGACGGUCUUCUAAGCAUCUUGCUCUGCUUGACGCCAUGCGGAAGCUGGCCAAGAAGAGAGAGACUAUGCUUCAAAAACAGCAGCAUGCUUCGCAUCUCGCUUCGUUGCGCAAAGCCAAUGAGGCCAAUCAACCCAAGCCCCCAAUCUCAUCACCUGCCGAGUUCAGCCGGUUGAAAUAUGACCGAGAAAUGAAGCUGCAAGAGCGACAGGAGCAAUACCGACAGCAAAUGAUUGCGCAGCAAAGAGCUAGUCUUCAGGCUCAACGUUCCGGCCAAGCGCCCAACCAGCAACCGAUGAUGAACGCGCCUGGACGCACCAAUGCCAAUCUGCCCCCUACAUCCAACCCCGGUCUUCCAGGCGGUACCCCGAAUGGCAUGGCAAAUGGUUUAUCCGCUGGAGCAAACGUAAACCAAGGCCGCCCUCUUCCCAUGCAGAAUAUGCCUGGAGGUAAUCAGCCCAAUGGCCAGAUUCCCAACAAUAUUCCUAUGAAGAUGAUGCCACAGGGUCAGAUGCAGCAAAACCCGGGGUCCAGACCUGGACUGCCAAUACAGACCUCGCCCGACAAUACACGUGUGAUUCGAGAAGCCAAUCGAUUGCAGGAGCAGCAGCGCCUCCUCCAGUCCCGACAAGGGCAGCCUCAUCCCCAGCAAGGCCAGCAACAAUUCCAUAACCAGCAAUUUGGGCAACAAGGAUCACCAAACAUGAACAUGUCCAAUGUCAAUGGCACGCCCAACAACGCUGCUAUGAUGGCUGCUAUGCAGAACCAAGGAGGAAUGCAGAGUCCUUCGUUCCCGGGUAACACACCGCAAGGAGUAUCUGUUCCAUCCCCGCGUAUGGGACAGCCCAACCCCCUGUCUAGCGGAGUUGUGCCACAGAUCAGCACCCUGCAAAGCCAAAUCCAGCGCAACAACCCAACCUUACCACCUGAGCAGGUAACAAAGAUGGCCACCGAACGUCUCAACCAGUAUCAGCAACAGCAACAGCAACAGCGCUUAUCCCAACAAGCCGCCAUAAAUGCUGCUGCCGGUAGCAUCAACGCGGGUGCGGUGCAGAACAAUUACCAAGUUCCGCAUGAUACGAACUUCCAGACCCCGUCGGCGCCAAACAUGACGAACGGCGGCUCAGGAGUGCAAAUUCCGCAAAACCAAGGGUUCUCGCCUAUGAUGCGUGUUCCUCAACCCCAGCAAAACCGCGUUGGUCCAACCAGCUCGCCUGCCAUGAACGGAGCAGUGAACCAGCCCAGCCGGAGCGCCACUACCCAAAACCAGCGCAGCGGAAGUGCUCAAGCUGGACCUGUCCAAGGCUCAAGCAAGAGCCCGCACGCUGCGGCAGCCCAAACCGCGACCUAA